GAGUACGGAGUAGUGGCCAUUGGUUGGGAUGAGUAUGGAGUAGUGGCCAUUGGUUGGGAUGAGUACGGAGUAGUGGCCAUUGGUUGGGAUGAGUACAGAGUAGUGGCCAUUGGUUGGGAUGAGUAUGGAGUAGUGACCAUAGGUUGGAAUGAGUACAGUGUAGUGAUCAUUGGCUGGGAUGAGUACGGAGUAGUGAUCAUUGGCUGGGAUGAGUACGGAUGGCCAUUGGUUGGGAUGAGUACGGAGUAGUGGCCAUUGGUUGGGAUGAGUACGGAGUAGUGGCCAUUGGUUGGGAUGAGUACGGAGUAGUGGCCAUUGGUUGGGAU